AUGACCAAGAUGAACUGCAUCCUGCUGACCACCUGCAUUGUUCUGGUCACUUUUUGUAGUUGUGGUUAUACCCUACGGUGUUACCACUGCGAGAACAGCCCCGCUUUGUGCAAGACCAAUAGUACUUGCUUAGCGACGGAAGAUGCUUGCUUGCAGAUGAGAUUUGGUAAAUUGAGAACUUCCUCCUGCUGGAAGUCAUCCCAGUGCAGAAUGAAUGAUAUUGCUGAAUUCUUCCAGUUGGAUAAUUUUGAAUUCUUUUGCUGCCAACACGACUUGUGCAAUGAGAGCGCAAUUACCAGUGUUAGCAAAGCGGCCUUCAGUAUUGCCUCUGCAGUGAGCAUGUUAUGGAUGCUUCUGUAA